AUGCCAAAUGUGCCAUCCAAAUAUAACAAAUAUGCCAUCACCGUCACCAUCUCCAUCAUCUCCAUCAUCCCCAUCACCCCCAUCAUCCCCAUCACCCCAUCAUCUCCAUCAUCUCCAUCAUCCCCAUCACCCCCAUCAUCCCCAUCAUCUCCAUCACCCCCUUCAUCCCCAUCACCCCCAUCAUCCCCAUCAUCCCCAUCAUCUGAAAUGACAUCAUCCCCAUCAUCCUCCAUCAUCCCCAUCAUCUCCAUCAUCCCCAUCCCAUCAUCCCCAUCCCCAUCAUCCCAAUCAUCAUCUCCAUCAUCUCCAUCAUCAUCCAUCAUCCCCAUCAUCUCCAUCAUCCCCAUCAUCUCCAUCAUCCCACAUCAUCCCCAUCAUCCCCAUCAUCUCCAUCAUCCCCAUCAUCAUCAUCCCCAUCAUCCCCAUCAUCCCCAUCAUCCCCAUCAUCCCCAUCAUCUCCAUCAUCUCAUCAUCAUCCCCAUCAUCCCCAUCAUCCCCAAUCCAUCAUCCCAUCAUCUCCAUCAUCCCCAUCAUCCCCAUCAUCCCCAUCAUCCCCAUCACCCCCAUCAUCCCCAUCAUCCCCAUCAUCCCCAUCAUCUCAUCAUCAUCCCAUCAUCUCCAUCACCCCCAUCAUCCCCAUCAUCCCCAUCAUCUCCAUCAUCCCCAUCAUCCCCAUCAUCCCAUCAUCUCCCAUCCAUCUCCAUCACCCCCAUCAUCCCCAUCAUCCCCAUCACCCCCAUCAUCCCCAUCAUCUCCAUCAUCCCCAUCAUCCCCAUCAUCCCCAUCAUCCCCAUCAUCAUCCCAUCAUCUCCAUCAUCCCCAUCAUCCAUCCAUCAUCAUCCUCACCCCCUUCAUCCCAUCAUCCCCAUCAUCCCCAUCAUCCCCAUCAUCUCCAUCAUCUCCAUCAUCCCCAUCAUCUCCAUCAUCUCCAUCAUCUCCAUCAUCUCCAUCAUCUCCAUCAUCCCCAUCAUCCCCAUCACCCCCAUCAUCCCAUCCCCAUCAUGCCCAUCAUACCCCCAUCACCCCCAUCAUCCCCAUCAUCUCCAUCAUCCCAUCAUCUCCAUCAUCAUCCAUCAUCCCCAUCACAAUCAUCAUCUCCAUCACCCCAUCAUCCCCAUCACCCCCAUCAUAUCAUCCCAUCAUCCCCAUCAUCCCCAUCAUCCCCAUCAUCCCCAUCAUCUCCAUCAUCCUCCAUCACCCCCAUCAUCCCCAUCAUCCCCAUCAACCUCUUCAUCCCCAUCACCCCCAUCAUCCCCAUCAUCAUCCCCAUCAGCCCCAUCAUCCCCAUCACCCCCAUCCCAUCAUCUCCAUCAUCCCCAUCAUCAUCAUCUCCAUCAUCUCCCCAUCACCCCCAUCCCCAUCAUCCCAUCAUCUCCAUCAUCCCCAUUCACCCCCUUCGUCAUCCCCCAUCAUCUCCAUCAUCUCCAUCAUCCCCAUCAUCCCCAUCACCCCCCAUCAUCCCAUCAUCUCCAUCAUCAUCAUCCCCAUCAUCCCCAUCAUCCCCAUCAUCUCCAUCCCCAUCAUCCCUUUCAUCCCCAUCAUCCCAAUCCCAUCAUCCCCAUCACCCCAAUCAUCCCCAUCAUCCCCAUCAUCCCCAUCAUCCCCAUCAUCCCCAUCAUCCCCAUCACCCCCAUCAUCCCCAUCACCCCUUCAUCCCCAUCAUCCCCUAUCAUCCCCAUCACCCAUCUUCAUCCCCAUCACCCCUAUCAUCCCUUAUCAGUUUUUUUUCGGGUUAUUAAUACUUAA